AUGCGGGUCGCGGCUCUCCCCCUCGCCUCGUCGUCGCUUGCCGUCGCGCCAUCUCGGCGCGCUUUCUCCCCCCGCUCCCGUCCCUCGCGGAAUGUAGCUCCGGCCUGUGCAGGCCGCCUGCUGACCUCAUCACUUCUCCCCGCGCGCACCGCUCUCUUCAAUCAUCACCCUCGCGCGCCCACUUCCAUCUGUCACCCGAACCGUGCUCAUGCCUCCUCCUCCCCAGGCAACAUCUGUCGCAGCCCGUCCGCGGAGGGCGUGUUCACGCAUAUGGUGAAGCAGCGCGGCCUCGCGGACCGCUUCCACGUGGACUCCGCCGGAACGAUUGACUACCACGAGGGCAACCCGGCGGAUCCGCGCAUGCGCAAGGCGGCGGAGCGGCGCGGCAUUCCCCUGACGUCGCUGUCGCGGCCCAUCCGGCCGUCGGACUUCUCGACCUUCGACAUCAUCCUCGCCAUGGAUCGCAGCAACCAAGAUGACAUAGGCCGUGCGUUCCGCCAGUGGCAGCGCGCUCAUGACCUCCCAAGAGAUGGUCUUGAUAAGGUUAAGCUUAUGUGCUCCUAUUGCCGCAAGCUUGAUUAUGACGAGGUCCCCGACCCUUACUACGGUGGCGCACAGGGAUUCGAGACAGACUUUACCACCUCAUCGUCCGGGCAACUCGUCGCGGGAGCAGGCGUAGGGAUCGAGGAUGGCGGGUAUUUGCGGCCCGAGGGUGCGGUCAUGGUCAUGAUGUCGAAGCGGCUCCGCGCGCUCCGUAAGAAGAAGAAGCGCAUCGCAGACAUCGAGGAGGCGAAGGCUGCGGGGAAGAAGCUUCAGCCGGAGCAGGAAGAGGUUCUGAAGCAGAAGCUAACGGUAACGUUGCUGAUCGAGGAGUAUGAGAAGCUCUACACGCCGCUGCAGGCAUCCGUGCACGAACAGGUGUCGGACUGCGAGAAGGCCGUUACCGCCGCAAUUCAGCAGAAGGCUGAGAAGGAGGCUGCAGAGGCAGCAGCGGCGGCGGCGGCGGCGGCCGCGGCUGCAGCUGCAGCGGCGGCGGCUGCUGCUGCUGAAGAAGUCGAAGCUGCAGAGGCAGUGGCUGCUGAUGGAACAGCGGAGAAGGCCGAUGGGCAAACGGAUUCCACCGCAGGGGAGGCGGGCCAGUCAGCGAAGGAAGUUUCAGGCCGAGAGGAUAAGUCUGAUGACGUUGAUCGGGCCGUGAGAAGCGUUGUUGAGGUGCUUUACUUCGGCUCGCUCUUCGAUCUGCGGAUGGACUCCGCCGGAGCGUCGCCGCUGCUGAGCUGGCGCAACACGCAGGAGCGCACGUCGUGCCUCUCCUACGACCCUAUCACUGACGACAACGCCGCGGCUUUCCUGUGCGACGCGGAUCUUGAUGCCGUCGCACAGGCGGCGCGGAUGCUGACGACGCGCGACGCGAGCGCGGCGAAUCACAAGGAGGCGGUGGAUCGGUGUGUGGCGCAUGCUGUGGCGCUGGCGUCGCGCUCUCAAACUGCCAUCGACCCGACCAUCCACCUUACGUAUGCGCAAUUGCGCGAUCGCCUGGACCGCAUAAUCGCUUCCGGAUUUUUCACCAAAUGGGCCGAGGUCGUUUCAUCCGAGGUCGUUGCCGCUGCAGCCAUGGCUGCCCAAGGCCACUUCCCCUCCGCCGACCCCGCUUCCUCCUACGCCGCAGCCCCAUCUGCCGCCGCCCCUGCUGCCGCCGCACCCCCUGCGCCUUCCGCGCCCACGCCUGCGGAUGCGCCUUCUGCCCCUGCGCCCCUUGCGUCAGCUCCAACCGCCGCGACUACCGCUGUUCCUGCCCCAGGGGGACCGUUGCCCGUGAACGGAGUUGUGUUCGGAUCCGUACGCCCGGACGCGCUUUCCGCCGUCGCCGCAGCCCCUGUGACUGUUCCGCUGGUGCAGGGCGCGCCAGUGCCCGCGGCUGCGCCUAUGGGCGCUGUUGUUCCGCCGGCACAGGCGGAACAGGUGCAGGCGCAGGCGGCAGCGCAGGCGGCAGGGGCAGCAGUGGUUGGGCAGCAGGGAGCGCCGGUGGUAGGCAAUCAGGGUGUGGUGGGGCAGGGACAGGGCACGGUGGGUGCGGCACAGGCUUCUCAGGUGCCUCAGGUGCCGCAGGUGCCUGUUACUGGUGGUCAGCCUGGUGCAGUGGUGGGGCAGCAGGUGGCAAGGGCGGGUGUGGUGGGCCCAGAGCAUGUGAAGCAAGCGCAGGUGCAGCAGGGGCAGUCUGCGACUCAGGUGGGUACGGCCCCAGCAGCACAUGCAGGGCACCAGCACCCACACACGCAGCACACUCCAGUUGUCACUUCCCGCAGCGGUGGCGGCAGUGGAGGGAGGGGCGGAAUCAUGGGCGCAGGGUACGUGGUGUAUGACCCUGUGCUGGUGAACGCUGGCAUGAUGGGAGGCAUGGUGGGCGCUCCUGGCAUGGCACCUGGGAUGGCACCUGGCAUGACACCUGGCAUGACACCUGGCAUGGCACCUGGCAUGGCACCUGGCAUGACACCUGGCAUGGCACCUGGCAUGGCACCUGGCAUGACACCUGGCAUGACACCUGGCAUGACACCUGGCAUGAGUGCUGGAGUAGCACCCCAGGGUGGAGCCAUGGGAUCAAUGUAUGGGGGGGGAGGUGCCGGUGGGGGAGGCCGAAGGGGUGGGGGGCGCGCGAGGGGAGGGCGGAGGGGCGGGAGAGGAGGGUAUGAUGGCGCAGGGGGGGGAGGAGGGGGAGGGGGUUCGGUGGUGGGGCCGAGCAGUGGGCCAGUGACAGGGGGAGGCAUGGCAGCAGGUGCUCCCCCUGUGGCCGGGCACUAG